UUUGUGUGCAACACUCAGGAUUUGCAGAGCUGUGUGGCUAAAGAGUACAACACAACUCCAAACAAUGUCAAUGCCUGUCACGUUGCCAAUUCCUUUGCCAACCACACUCUAGACCUAGAGACAGGACUCUGCGGGGGACAUCAACCCAACUGUAACUUCCCUGAGAUCAGCAGUAUUGGAAAGCUAGUUCUCAUGCUGAUCAUCGAACUGGUUUACAUUGUAAUGAUGGAGCUGCCCAGCGUCACCCUUUUUGACAAUGCAGACCUAUUGGUCACUGCCAACAGUCUUAGUCCCAUUAAUGGAACAUGGACUUGCUCCUUGAAGUUCUCGAAGGUAGCCUUGAAGAUCAUGACUCCUAUUGUAAUCACGGUGUUUGUUCUGGCACUGUAUCUCCACGCUCAGCAGGUAGAAUCAACUGCCAGGUUGGACUUCCUCUGGAAACUGCAGGCUACUGAAGAGAAAGAAGAAAUGGAGGAACUUCAGGCCUACAACAGACGCCUUCUGCACAACAUCCUGCCAAAAGAUGUUGCAGCGCAUUUCCUUGCACGCGAGAGGCGUAAUGAUGAGCUGUAUUACCAGUCCUGUGAAUGUGUUGCUGUUAUGUUCGCCUCCAUCAGCAACUUCUCUGAGUUUUACGUUGAGUUGGAGGCAAACAACGAAGGAGUCGAAUGCCUCCGACUUUUAAAUGAGAUCAUCGCGGACUUUGAUGAGAUCAUCAGUGAAGAACAAUUCCAACAGCUGGAGAAGAUUAAAACUAUAGGGAGCACAUAUAUGGCAGCAUCGGGUCUGAAUGAUUCCACUUAUGACAAAUCUGGGAAGACACACAUCAAGGCACUGGCAGACUACGCCAUGAGGCUGAUGGACCAGAUGAAGUACAUCAAUGAGCACUCAUUCAAUAACUUCCAGAUGAAAAUAG